AUGUCAUCCUUUCGAAGCCCCAACAUCAGCCGAAGCAAAUCCCGUUCUCCUGCGCCACCCCCAUCCCCGUUCUCGAACGCGUCGAAUAAGCCCGCGUUUCAUCCUCCGUCGUAUUAUGCCGCCGCCGCCUCAGUGCAGUAUCCUCUUGCCAAAGGAUUCUCCGACGCGGGCCUCCGCGCCUUAGACUCGCUCCUGCACUCUCCCGCGGCUAGCCCUCGGACUGAAAUACGUUCACCUCAGGCUUACGAAGAUCAACCAUCCCGGUCGCCUCGUCCCUGGGCUAGGGCUGCAGAUGACGCGUUAUCGAUUAAUUCGCAGCAGAGUUUCGACACCGGAACGCCUAGCAGGGCCGAUAAGCGCAAGAGCAAGGUGGAUCUAUUGGAGACGAACCUCCUACCCUCUCUCAACGACACGAUUGGUCGCAUGACCCAGUCAAGUAUCCCUCGCGCCGCACCGCACGGUCACGGUUCUCCGCACAUACCUCCGUCGCGGCAGGAUUCCGGUACCCAGAGCGGACGUAACAUGGGCCCAUCUUUGCCGUCAUACGAUCCUACGCGCUACACCGACGCACAGCGGCUUACCACCCCGACAACUUCACACGAUCCUAGAUUCAGCCCCCAACGGCCUUCGCCGUCUAUCCAAGCAGAGAGAUCGCCAUCGACCCCGAAGUCAGCUCUGCGGCUUCCCGAGCGUCCCACGCCAUCCCGAGCCCCGGAUGGGAUCUCAUCUCCUGUCACAUCCCUGAAGCGGACAACUACCGUAGCCCUCAGCCCGCGGACUCGCUCCGUACGACCUCCCGAACAAGAGCGAUCGCGCAUACCCUCCGCAAAAUCAAAGGAAGGGAGCCAGCGACCUCGCAGUCGCUCGGUGGCAGGUGCAGAAUCAUCAUCACGGAUUAGACUAGGACGGUCAGCUGUCGCGUCACCUCUCACUCCACAACCGUCCUCGAGCGCUUUCGCGUCGCCGUCCGUAAAGACCACUGCCCAUCAGUCCCAGAUACGAUUGCAGGACAACAGUGGCGAUUAUUCCUCCUCGGCAGAGUACGAAGCGGAGCUCGACAGAAACCAGCGUCGCAAUCUAUUUGUCACCAACGCGCAGAUAUACCCGUCUUCGUCGGAGAGCGAGGAGGAUUCCACGAGGAGUAACCGUUAUGCGGCGUCGAGGCUGCCUCGAAUCACAGAUCGCACGCCGACGAAGGUACAGAAAACGCCGACUGGCCUGGGUUUGAGGGUACCUCUUGGAAGGACUCAAGGUAGAUCCAGGGGAGAAGAACAAUACUGGACGGACGAGGACACUCAGGAGAGCGAGGGAGCAAGCAUAUACGACCAUGAUAGUCUGUGGUCCAUGGAUCAAGAGCACCCUACAGAGGUCAACACGCAGCACCACCCUACGGACGACCGUCACGUAGAGCAGGAAGACAGAUAUCAUGGCCGUCCACCUGAACCUCAGGCACGCAGGUACAGGGAUCAUCACCUUGAGCCUCAUAAAAACGAUCGCGACUGUGAAAGCGAAGCAAGACGGAGGAGAAGGGAGACUCUGGUUGACCUGGUCGAUUGCCUGCAGCUUGAUCCGCCCUCUAUAUCGCCUGUCAACCAAGGGCGACACGGCGGCGACGCACAUACAGAAACCAAAGAUGCCGUGGGCCUCGCUGUCAGCGAUUCUCUGGAAUCCGCUAAGCGAGAAGUUCCCCCAACGGUGGAUUACAAUGCGGAGCAAGCCCAAGAGAGCUACCAAUCGUCGUUCUCUCCCACUUCCGGCGAGAAGGACAAUAGUGACUAUCUGCAGCACUCGGCACGGGAGGAUUUUCGUCGAUACACGAGACUCCAAGAGGACAAUACGAGGAUCAGCGCGAGGCCAGCGUCUCACAGCCAGGCAAGCCGCCCGAAUCACAUGCGAAUGGCAUCGACACCGGUAAUGCCUCCUCGCACAAAAUCAGACAACCCUCCGACGCCAGCUGUACCGCUCACCCUGGGUGAUGUUCAAAGCGACUACACACGUGCCUGCAGAACACAAUCUAACGCCUCAGAUGCACCACCGACCAGUUCUCGGAGAUCAUCUAUUAGCGAAUAUUCAGUGGGCAGUGAGGAGCACUUCCCCUCGCCUCAGACGAAUACAGCCGCCCAGCAAGAGAAUAGAGACGAAGCAACCGAUAGGUCACUGUUGCAAGCCUCGGAAUCGCUCGUCGGCGAGGGUGGCGGCUAUAUCGAGGCUCAAGCGCAGAGCACUCGGUCUUCUGUGUACAGCGGUUAUGAGACAGGAAGGCUGGACGACAUCCAACAAGCCUUGAGUAUGGGUGCCGAGGCCCUUCUUAAGCGGGUACAGGCACGGAACGAGGAGCACCCUGCUCCGUCGCGAGGGGGUAGGGGCACCUCACACCAGAGGUCCAAAACGGCAUCCUCUUACCAUGACGAAUUUUCUGACGGUCGUGACCGACGUGAGGAAUGGAACACUCGAGGCCCUGCCAUUCCUUUACGCAGAAAGGAACCGAGUCCACCAGCUGCCGGUGUUGGUGUAUCCACAAUGGUUGGGACACGCGAGAUGGCCACGUCGCCUGCUCCUGCCGAUCGUGCAGACGUUCGCCGACCCGCGUUCUCUGACGCGCAAGCUGUAUCAAACAACAGGCACGAGGAUAUCGAAGCUAGACGGCAAUCGCACAUACGCCACGUCCGCGAAACCGAGCACGCAUUCGUCAAGCGUCUACGUUUCAUCAUACGUACCUUUAUACAGCCUCUUCGCCGGCAGGACGUCAACGAGUGGAUCGAAGGUGUGCCCGACGAGCUCGGUCGUCUUUUCGAUUGGCUAGACGACAUCGCCAAUGUGCAUUUUAACCUCUGGGAUCGACUCAGAGGGCUGCAGACCAGGCAAGGUACAGCCGUCGAGCGAUUCGCGGAGCAUUGGGUGCCGUUCAUCCCGGAAUUGGAAGUGUACCAAGCCUAUAUCGUGAAAGUUCAGCAUGCAGUAGAGACCAUCCGAACGCUCAGGCGCAGCUCCCAAAGCCAUUUCGGCGAGUUCGUGCGCAUGCAAGAGGACUCCGAUGGUGGCGAUAGAUGGAGCUUGGAGGACGCUCUAAUCCAACCGGCUGAAAGGCUGAUGGAGUACCCGCAACUUUUCCGACAACUCCUAGAGUUUACCCCGCGGGAGCAUCCAGAUCGCUUGUCGACACUUUCCGUCCUGCAUGCCACCGAAAUGAUUAUUCACGUCAUGCUAGAGGUGAUGCGCCGAGAGCGAGAGUACGAAGAGAUCAAAGAUGCGUCGCGUCGUAUCCUCGAUUUGCCGCCGGCGGUACAGCUCGCGCGCCGCGAACGUCGGUUGUUGGCUCGCGGAACGGCGAGGCUGCUGGCUGAUGGGCCGAAGGCGUCGAGCUCCUUCGAAUCAUACGAUUCGCAUGCGCACUCAGCGUUCUCGUCUUCAUACUCCGAUCGCUGGAAAGCAGCGGAGAACAUUCUUGCGACCCGGCGAAUGGAGCCGAGAUAUGACUCCGCCGCGGAUUCGUCGAAGGAAGCGGUCCAUUUGUUGGUCUUCAUGGAUCUGCUGGUCAUCGCGGUGCCUGCUGGAGAUGCCUCUGAUUCGGAGAAGUGGCAUCUGCACCACGCGGUGGGCAUCAGUCGAAUAUUGAGCGCGGAGCAGUCGCAGGAAGAUCGUCGUUUGAUCGAUUUGGAUGUCCUGCUCGUUCAACCCGACGAUUUCGCGACGGGAUCUCUCGGCGACGGAUCCUCGAUUGUACAACUCCGCCUCGACGUCUCGACCGAGCCCUCGAGCAAACAGUGGCUGGACAGCCUCCAGUCUUCGGCGCGCUACACGGUCCGCUCGCUCUCUUUUCCCUCGCAUUCGGGCAAGUACCUCGCACAUGGGCCGAGCGUUGACGUCGAGGCGGACACGAAGUUGUCCGUCGUAUCGCUGCUCGCCGCUGGGCUGCCAGUGCCAAAGAGUCCGUCGCUGCAGAUGGACGAGAUCUUGGCCGGGCGCGGGGGCGAGGCCCGCGACCUCGAGCGGGAGGAGAGGGGCUGGUGGGCGAUGCGGUUUCAGCAGGUGCAGCGGGAAGUUCAGAGGCAGGAUGGGCCGAUUGUGCUGGACUUGGAGGGCGGGUUCGCGCGCACGACGACAGAGCGCGCGCAGGAGCGCGUACAGACAGCCAGGCCUACCGCGGCACCUCCGACAGCUGGGACGUGGAAGGGAAAGAAGGUCUCCGGGAUACCUAGGAAACGGUGA